AUGAGGAAGCAAUAUGCGUUGGCAUUCCUAGCGAUUACCUUGACUUCACGACUAAACUGUGGUACUAAAAUCGUGGUGAUGUCAACCUGGGAACGUCGAGACGAUUUGAUUGUUGUAUCCAUAUGGCUUGUAAUGUUAAGUUACGCAUUAAUAUCGAAUGUACUAAUUCUUGUCGGGAUCGCACGUAGUUCCACUAUGCGAACGGCUACGAGCUACUGGUUUAUAAUUUCUCUUGCUAUAUGCGAUAUUGUCAUGAUAAUUAUAUCGUUGGUACAUUUAGUACCAGCAACAGCAUUUCAUGAUGCAUAUGUAGAAUUUUAUUCGCUCAGAAAUAUUCUUAUGAUAUUCUUCUAUGACCUUUUUUGGUAUACGGGAGUUGUGCAACUUGGUUUAAUGGCAGGAAAUCGAUUUGUUUCCAUUGUAUAUCCUAUGGAAUAUAAGAACAUGUUUUCACGAAAGCGAUCACUUUAUUUGAUCCUUUUCGGAUAUUUUCUUGGAUUUCUCGUCUCACUUCCAACACUUUUCCCAUGUUGCCAUACUCUAUGGAAUUCCGACUAUUAUAUUACGGUAUAUCAACCGAUGGAUACAUGGUAUAAAUACGUUGAUAUGGGCGUGAACAGCAUCUCGCUUUUUAUGAUGAUCAUGUCCUAUGCGGUUAUAAUCUAUAAGGUUCGAGAAAGUGGCCGAGCAAUGGCUAAAUAUCAACUGACAAUACGAACACGACAACAACAUGCUCUUAUGUCGGGAAUUUCGUUAUCUUGUCAGAUGAAUGGAUGCACGAGAAUGUCAUCGGUUCGACCACCUCGUAGUCAAGUCAGCAAGAAAGAAAUGCGAUUGUUUAUACAGUUUUUUGUGGUAUCCUUGGUUUUCUUGCUGACGUGGACUACGUGGCAAUGGCUUCCGCACAUGUCCGGUUCAAAAUGGGCCUACUUUGUGAUGACAUCAUUGUUCUUCAUUAACAAUUCAGUAAAUCCUACUGUAUAUUUACUUUUUAACACGCAACUACGUCGUGAACUUCAUUAUCUGCUAUGUCGACAUCAUGCCAUCUCAUCCGUACAGAAUAAACAUCGUAGGACAUUAUUUGGAAAACAUGGAGGAAAUCCAGCCGACAUCAAAACAAAGACGACAACUGCUGGUGAGGAAGCAACACGUUCACUCGAUCCUGCUCAUUCACUAUCAUCUCAUACUACAUCAGAAGAUCAUGUGAAAUCACAUCUAUUAAUUCAAAAUGGAGAAUUUAUCGACAAGAGAACAAUCAGUGCUGUUUAG